AGCUCACAAGUCACAAGUCAGAUGGAGAUAACUAUAGCUCAAGCUCUCUACUUCCUCCCCACAAUCUUCUUAGUCCUCGUAAUUUCCAACCUCUUAACGAAAUCAUCCGAAGCGAAACGACGUCGCACAAACCUCCCACCAUCCCCACCGGCGCUUCCAAUCAUCGGCCACCUCCUUCUCCUCAAACAACCCGUCCACCGAGCUUUACAAAACCUCUCAAACAAGUACGGCCCCAUUUACUCCCUCAAGUUGGGAGUCCGAAACACGAUCGUCGUUUCAUCUCCAUCCUUAGCCGAGGAAUGCCUCAACAAAAACGACGUCGUCUUCGCCAACCGGCCCAACAACUUCUUGGGAUGGAAGAUCAUCGGCUACAACUACAAGACCAUGGGCGCGUCGCCUUACGGCCCACACUGGCGCAACCUCCGCCGCAUCUCCACCGUCGAGCUCCUCUCCGCCGCCCGCCUCAACUCCUUCCUCCCGGUCCGCCGCGACGAGGUCAAGCGCCUGGUCAACGGACUGGUGAGCGAGGUUUCAGGCCGGUCGGGUUUUGGGCACGUGGCGAUGCGGUCGAGGCUGGUGGAUCUGUCGAUGAACGUUAUGAUGAGAAUGGUGGCGGGGAAGAGAUAUUUUGGGACGGAAGCGGGAGAAGGACGUGGUGAAGAAGGGGAGAGGUUCAAGGAGUUGAUAAGGGAAGUGUUUGAGCUGAGCGCCACGUCGAAUCCGGUGGACUUCUUGCCGGCGAUGAGGUGGGUGGAUUUCAGUGGGCUGGAGAAGAGGAUGUGGGAAGCUAAGGGGAAGAUCGAUGGCUUUUUUCAAGGUCUGAUUGAUGAGCGUCGGAAUGAUGGUGGGGAGAGGGAUGAUACGGAGAGGAAGACGAUGAUCGAUACUCUUUUGAGUUUGCAAGAGUCUGAGCCUGAAACGUACUCCGAUGAAAUCAUCAAAGGCCACGUGAUGACAAUGGUACUGACAGGCACAGACAGCUCAGCGGCUACAAUAGAAUGGGCGAUGUCACUAUUACUAAACCACCCAAAAAUACUGAAUAAGGCAAGAGCUGAGAUAGACAAUAUAGUCGGCAACAAUCGACUUGUAGAUGAAUCUGAUUAUUCUAAGUUGUCGUACCUCCAAGGGAUCAUUAAUGAGACGCUUCGUCUAUAUCCACCAGCACCAACUUUAGUGCCACACCAAUCCUCGGAGGAUUGCAUAGUAGGAGGUUAUUCUGUCAAUAAAGGGACGAUGUUAAUCGUCAAUGCAUGGGCUAUUCAUAGAGACCCCGCGAUAUGGGAAGACCCUACAAGAUUUUGGCCAGAGAGAUAUGGAGCAGAGGUGGAGCCUUAUAUAUUCAUUCCAUUUGGUAUGGGAAGAAGGUCUUGCCCGGGCACCGGACUUGCAAAUCGGGUGGUGGGAAUGGCUUUGGGUGCUUUGAUUCAAUGCUUUGACUGGAAGAGGACCAAUGAAGCAUUAUUGGAUAUGUUAGAAGGGCAAGGGCUAACUAUGCCAAAAGCUGAGCCAUUGGAAGCCUUGUGUAAACCUCGAGAUUGUAACAAUGCUUUCACCGUCAUAUGAGGUGAACAUAGUUCUAAAAAGCAUGCCUAGAACUCGUCUAAACUCGUAUAGGAACAAGAAAAAUGGAAAAUGUCUCGUCUUGGCGAAAAGUAGUGGAGAAGGCGUCACGAUCACGUUCUAGUCUUGGAAGCAGUGUGUAAGCAUUGAGUUGUGCCUCAAAAUGAUGUCAUGAUGUCUUUUUAACCUUUUAAUAUGCUACUAGUGAGGAUUGUCUUGAUUUCUCUAUAGUUAGGCUAAGAUAUAGGUAAAGACGACAAUGUUUAGAGUAGCAUAUUUUUCUUGUGCUUCUUCGCUCUCAGUCUCUUUCGCUAUUUUCAAGAUUCUUCUUCCUUACUUGUUCUCCACAAUAUUUUUAUGUUUUACCAUUAGUCGUUGAUGAAAGUUUAGAAAGAAGAGGUAGAUAUGAUGAUAAUGGUUCAAAACUUGUGAUUCUAGGAAAUUGUGAGAUAUUUUGCUACGUUUACAUCUAAGGCUUAGUCAUGCCUAUUGGAGAUGCCUAAGCAUGCUAGGCGCAAGACAAAGCCUUAACGCUCACAUUACGCCUAGUGCUUUCUUAAACCUUGAAGGCCACAAUUGGACAUUACUUCCUUUGCAACUUGUUGAUGCUUUUUCUUUGUAACACCUUAUAUGAACACUCGAUUUAACAUAAAAUACAUAACACUCAUAAAACGAUUAUCGGGCCCGAUUAAAAACUUUACAAUUCAAGUACAAAAAGGAAACUAGUUUGACACUAAAUUUCUUGUGAAAACAUGUUCAAUCUUCCGCCCACCUCACAAAUCAAAACUUGAAGCUUGAAGCCACAACUUCUACUUCUAUCACUUCCUGCAGCAGCUCUAGAUCUUGGGAAAAAUAUUUGACGAAGGGUGAGUCGUCACUCAAUGAGUAAAUUCUAAACCUAAAUGAACAAAAAUACACAAGUGAUAUUUAGUAUGGCACCCAUUAAUUACACGUCAUUUACUGCUCACUUCUGAUGGUUAUCAUUUCAUUUAUAACAAUCCAGUAUCAACGUAUAAUUUUGGACAUCAAUGGAAGAACUAUCUCUUUGGCAUUCAGUAGCGAUCACUUCACUUUUCACAUAUCAAUGUGCUAAGGCACCUGAUGGCACUAUUCAGUAUCUGUCAUAGGAUACCGCUACUUUGCACACCUCUAAUGACAUGCAAUGACAUUCUGGUACUAAGACACCAUUUACUCCUCAAUGUAUACUCAUCGAAAUCUAUAUCACAUGAACCAUAAUGCUAAGGAUCAUCAUCUCACUUAUUUUCAAUUGUGCCAGUAAACAGUUCAACAUAUC